GCAACCUGCAAAGACGCUGUGGUACGACCGCCCGCGGUACGUCUACCUGGAGUUCUGUGUCGAGGACAGCACGGAUGUUAAGGUUGUCAUUGAGGACCAGCGGCUGGUGUUCAGUUGCAAGAACGCAGAUGGUAUGGAGUUCUACAACGAGAUCAACCUGUAUGCCAGGGUCAACUCCAAGGACUCACGGGAGAAGCGCUCUGACCGCUCCAUCACGUGUUUUAUGAGGAAGUGGAAGGAGAAAGUGGCCUGGCCCCGCAUCACCAAGGAGAACAUCAAGCCAGCCUGGCUCUCCGUGGACUUUGACAACUGGCGAGACUGGGAAGGGGACGAGGAGGUGGAGAGGGCCAUGGUGGAGCAGUACGCAGAGCUCCUGGAGAAGGUGACGGCCUCGGAGUCCCAGG